AUGGAGAGUCAGACGCGAGGACUGCGUGAAGCUUUGGGACCAAAAGCCGUGUUUGUCUUCCUCAAUGGACCAUUUGAUGCCCGCGGACCGACGGACGAGGUAGUCGAGCGAAAGUUCGGUGACACUGCACCCUUCUUUGAAUGGUGGGCGACUCGAGAACUAAAGAAAGAGGAGAAAGAGGCCAUUGAGGGCGAGGAGGGGGUCCCAAAUGGCACCACCAAGCACUGGCACCUCAAGUUCGAGGACAUUGACCACGCCAUUGAGGAUAUGGACAAAAGACUCAACGAACUAGGCGAGUUCGACUUGGCUGUGGGCUUCUCGCAAGGUGCCGCCAUGCUUACGAUUCUGUCCACGUGGUGCCAUAAGAAGGGCAAGAAGUGCUGGUGGAAGCUCGUGCUAUGUGUGUGUGGCGUAGUUCCACGAGCUAUUAACGUGCGGGAACUGUUCGAGACACCCGAGGGGAAGAAGAUACUGGUGCCACUCCCGUCAAUUCAUGUCGUGGGGAAGAAGGACAGUUUGUAUAAAGAGUCGUUGCUGCUCAAAGAUACGUACAUGAUGCAUUCGAAAGGCAGUCCACUGGAGAGACGGCUGAUAGAGCACGAUGGAGGACACAAGUUUCCGUCUCCAGAGCUACAUCACCAAUUGUAUAUGGACUUGGCCAACACAAUCUGGCAGUUCUUCAACGACACACGCCAGAGCUCCGUGGCAAGAAUGUAA